AUGAAUGAGGAGAUUGCACGUAUCGCGGGGUCGAGGCGGACGCGGGAAGAGAUUGCGGGGAGGCGCUCUGGCUUGGUCGCGGGGCGAUUUCGCCAAAGCCCCGCGGUCAUCGCGAUCGUCUCCGUCGAAGUCAUUCGUCGAAGGUCGGCCGUGAUGCAACAGACUCCCCUCCCAACCGCCUUAUCGGCAGCAAUGAUCUCCCCGUUCCAGUACUUCUGGGCCGGCUGCGACCCCGCCUGCAGCCCCUCCUUCCCCUGCCAGCUCUGCCUGGACUUCUUCAAACGCCAGGAAGAGAAGGAGUUCAUGAAGACCUACUUGUACCUAUCCCCGUACAAGAGCGUGAGGAGCCGAUUGACCCACCUUAUGGGGAGCGACAUCGCCCGGAUCAACGACCGCUCCUACAUGUCCGAGCUGGAGAACCGUCUCUGCCAGUGGCACCGGGAAGACAUCAACAGGCGGCUGGAGGAACGGGCGGCGGAGGAGCGGCUAAGGAUCCUUCAACUCGGUCUUCCCACCGCGAAAGAGCAGUACAGCUCCAGUUCUCCGUGGACUUCCAGAUCGCGGGAUCUGGAUUCCCUCUAUCAUCUUGGAGACAAGCUUCUAUACCCCAAGGUGGAGUUUGAGAGGGAAGCGAAACCAGAAGAACCGAUGAGGUUGAAGAUCCUUGAAAAUGCCAUUUUCGAGCACAUUCUGAGUGAGGAGGAAGAAGAGGAUGAAGAGGUUUUUGACCAGUAUGCAUUGUGACAGCAUUCUAGGAACUUCUUGGAAUUCAACAUAUGAACACAAUUCAUUCCUGUCACCUCUGUGGCCUUUACCCGAUGAUCAAGUAUAUCAAUGCAUCCCUUCCCUUGGUAGAUGUGGGUGCCACAAACAUGGCUCAAGUGUUCACUUGUUUCUAUAGAAGUGAUAAAUGUACUUGGAACAAUAUGUCUCUAAUUUGACAGCAACACCGCAUCUUCUACAG